CGGGGGGGCGGAGUGGGGAGAGAAGGGGGACAAAACGGCCUUCCAGUCCCUAUGCAAAACUGCGAGGGAGUAAGGAAAGGAGCCCCCGACGCCACCCGUACGGGCUCUGGCCCGCAGGCCCCGGAGGCGCAGAGCUGCAGAGUCCGUCCGGCGCAAUUACUCCGAGGCUACCUAGCGCCCCCUCGCGGAGUGCGUAGGGCGCGGGGCUUGAGACUCCCGCAGCAGGUAGCCGCAAAAGGCGAGGUGGCUGCGUUGGUGGAAUGAGACAGUUGCCAACAGCUGGUUCAGCUGCGGCGCUGCGCACGAGGACUGGCGAGUACGCAACCCAGGUACUGCCCCUUCUCGGUGACGUCUCUGCAGAGGGUUAUAAAAGCUUCGCGCGCAGCCUGCCGAGGUUCUGCUAACUCCCGAGCCAAGCAGGACCCGAGCCAAAGAGGCGCCUGCGAAGCUGCAGGCGGCGGCGGCAGCGCAGCAAAAGCAAAGGAAAAAUCUCCAGACGGACAAGGGGCCACAGAAUCCCCGCCGUAGACUCAGAACUUUUACAGGUCGUGCUGUGACGAACACUCUCCCCUUCGCCCCUAAGUCCUCCUGCAGAACAGGGCUUUGCAUUUGCCGUUGCGAGCAGCGGGAACAGGAGUUGCAAGCAGCAGCAGGUGCAGAAAGGUCUCCUGCUUCCCGGAACCGUUACCCGUGGAAUUUCUUUCCUUUUUCCAGUCCCACGGAGUAGAGACACUCUCCGGAUUUCUGAACUCAAAUGCUUCCUGAUGCUUGAAAGUGGAGGAAUUCAGAGCCACGAGAAGCAGCGCAUCUAGAAGCGUUUAUCUUCUGAGCGCCAACUCUCCUGCUUGCAAGAAAAGAGUUCUGACCAGAAACAGCCUGCAGCCCUCCUGUCUUGGUUAAACAGGACCCUGACCCCAGCCGUCAGCCUCAGGGCCUGCUGCAAAGGCGGGGUGUGUGCAGGGAGGAGGGCUUAACCACUUGGCGGGGGAAUGGAUAACGUUCUCCAGGUAGACUCAGACCUCUUCCCCAAUAUCUCCACCAACACCUCAGAGCCCAACCAGUUCGUGCAGCCGGCCUGGCAAAUUGUCCUUUGGGCAGCUGCCUAUACGGUCAUCGUGGUGACCUCCGUCGUGGGCAACGUGGUGGUGAUGUGGAUCAUCCUGGCCCACAAGAGAAUGAGGACAGUGACUAACUAUUUCCUGGUGAACCUGGCUUUCGCAGAGGCAUCCAUGGCUGCAUUCAACACGGUGGUGAACUUCACCUACGCUGUCCACAAUGAGUGGUACUACGGCCUGUUCUACUGCAAGUUCCACAACUUCUUCCCCAUCGCUGCUGUCUUCGCCAGCAUCUACUCCAUGACUGCUGUGGCUUUCGAUAGGUACAUGGCCAUCAUCCAUCCCCUCCAGCCCCGGCUGUCAGCCACAGCCACCAAGGUGGUCAUCUGUGUCAUCUGGGUCCUGGCUCUCCUACUGGCCUUCCCCCAGGGCUACUACUCAACCACAGAGACCAUGCCCAACAGAGUGGUGUGUAUGAUUGAAUGGCCAGAGCAUCCUGACAAGAUUUACGAGAAAGUGUACCACAUCUGCGUGACUGUGCUGAUCUACUUCCUCCCCUUGCUGGUGAUCGGCUAUGCGUACACCGUGGUGGGAAUCACUCUGUGGGCCAGCGAGAUCCCUGGGGACUCCUCGGACCGCUACCAUGAGCAGGUCUCUGCCAAGCGCAAGGUGGUCAAGAUGAUGAUCGUCGUGGUGUGUACCUUUGCCAUCUGCUGGCUGCCCUUCCACAUCUUCUUCCUCCUGCCCUACAUCAACCCUGAUCUCUACCUGGAGAAGUUCAUUCAGCAGGUCUACCUGGCCAUCAUGUGGCUGGCCAUGAGCUCCACCAUGUACAACCCCAUCAUCUACUGCUGCCUCAACGACAGGUUCCGUCUGGGCUUCAAGCAUGCCUUCCGGUGCUGCCCCUUUAUCAGUGCCGGCGACUACGAGGGGCUCGAAAUGAAAUCCACCCGUUACCUCCAAACCCAAGGCAGCGUGUAUAAGGUCAGCCGCCUGGAGACCACCAUCUCCACAGUGGUGGGGGCCCACGAGGAGGAGCUAGAGGAUGGUCCCAAGACCAUACCCUCGGCCCUGGACCUGACCUCCAAUGGCUCCUCUCGCAGCGACUCCAAGACCGUGACAGAGAGCUUCAGCUUCUACUCCAACAUGCUCUCCUAGACCACAGGUCCUCAGCGGGGGCGGCCACCACCAUCUGUGUCUUGCUUCACUCCAUGCAUGGAUAAUGCCUUGAUCUAGAAACCAUCAGAAACACCCUCACAUUGGGGCUUGUGAGAAAAAAAAAAACAAAAACACCCUGGAUUCUUCUGUGACUUUGUCAUCCCCCAUGCUGUGUGACCCAAGGCAAAUCAUUGAAUUUCUCUGAGCUUGUAAAAUGGCAAGGUUGGACUUGAUUUUCCCUGCAAUCCAUGCCAUAAUUCUAAAAUUAACUUUGGUUGUAUGUGGGGGCUCAUUCCAGGAGGAAUCCUGUAGCACCUGGAUUUACCUGGAGCCCGUCUUACUUCAGUGAAGCUGUCCUCAGUCAUGUGCAGAUUACCCUCCUUUAGCCAGUCUUUACAUCAACCUCACAUCAACCUUCACUCGACAGGGUGAACAAAAGAAGGAACUACGUAAAAUCUGAAGGAAAGAUUUAACUCCGUCUUCUAAGCAUCUGUGAAAAGGAGGCAUGGAUGCCUUCCUUUAGGCACCUCAAUAUUUCAGUGCACUGAAACAUCCUGAGAUUGAGAACCUCAUGUUCAUCUGCAUUCUGUCCCUAGGGACGGUCCUGAGCAACCAGUGUGGCAGAACAUGUCCGCUGAUGCAAGCUAAUGUCAGCUACACACCAAGAAUCGGGAGGCCUGCGCCAUACUUAAUCUAUCUGAGCUUCUUUCCUUAUCUGUAAAACCAUGGAUGAGAUAACCUAAGUAUCCCUUUUAACAUUCAAUGGUUCAGGGCGCCUGGGUGGCUCAGUUGGUUAAGCGACUGCCUUCGGCUCAGGUCAUGAUCCUGGAGUCCCUGGAUCGAGUCCUGCAUUGGGCUCUCUGCUCGGCAGGGAGUCUGCUUCUCCCUCUGACCCUCCCCCCUCUCAUGUGCACUCUCUCUCUCAUUCUCUAAUAAAUAAAUCUUUAAAAAAAAAAAUAUUCAAUGGUUCAAGAAUUGUAUGAGUUUUUGGUUUGUUUCACCAAAAACUGGUGGUCUCAAAAGGACUAGGAAUAGCAAGGCCAGUGACUUGAUAUCCAGUUCCUGGAGAGUAGCAACUCCUAAAAUGUGUCAAUAUCCAUAUCAAACAUUCUCUGGUUUAUCCUAAAACCAUGCGUACUCUCCUUCUUCUAGAACAUUUUGGUCUUUGACAGAGCAGAGGACUUCAUGUCAAAGCCUGCCUCUCUCCAAUCAGAUGUUAACAGGCCAAGUCCCACAGCUGGAGAUGCCAUCAGGGAGGAUAAACACAUGGACUCCCUGCCCUGGCCUUGUGAGGUAUCUUAGGGCAGGGACACUAAUGCAGUCCUAGCUUUCUACCAGCAUAAGGCAUGUGCUCAGAUACACAACGAACGAGGAGGCUUCCCCCUGCAGCCCCACUUGUGGGAAGAGGCCACCUUAUAUCUUCCCUUCUGAUUCUCUGAAUCUUCCCUUCCUGCCCCCAUGGCUUUACUGGCCAGCUGUCUAUAAGGGCUGGGAUGUCCCACCCACCCCACAGGAGUCAGUCUACCAAGAGCCAUGAAUUGAAUCCUGCCUGUCCCACUAGAGCUUUGAGGUAUCCAGCAGGUGAGCACGCAGUAUCUUUCUGUCUCCCAGAUUUGUGCUUUGUCCAGAUGUGGCUGAAAGCAGAAGUCUCAAGUACCAUCCAUGCAUGUCCUCUUUGUGGUUUGAAGAAUGGAUGCACCUGUUCUGCAUUUGUGGUGUUGAGGGAGACCAAUGCUGUUCACGGGCUUUACAGCCUUUCCCAGCCAUGCAGGCUAGAACUCUACCAGGGUAUUGGCAGGCCUGGGGAAGUCGCAAAAUAACAGUAUAAGCCAGAACAACCCAAGAGCCAUAUUCUGCAAAGCAGCAUGGGAAAGAUUAAAUAAACUAAAUAAAACCAGCUCAGUGCAGAUACAUGAAUGAAAGACAUAAUUUAAGGGGAAAAAAAAAAUCAAUGCCCAAAGCAUUAGUCAUACUUCCAAUAAAGAAUUGUGCUGUGUGUGGAUCAUUUACUCCAGAAGGGUAUGUAAGGAACCAGCAUGAUUAUGAGACAUACCUACGAAGAAAGUGUCAAAGAAUUGGAAACAUCCUCUCUAUUGAAGAGGUGAGGGUUGAAUUCAACAAGGAUUUGUGGAGUACCUGCUCUGCGCUUAGCCCUGAGCUGGGGACACAAGACUCGUCCUACUCUUGAGGAAACUACCAGACUGGCUGUGGCUAAAUCACCUGUCCUAGUGGGUCCAGACUGCCCAUCAGGCAUGGAGGCAGCUGAGCAGCACAUUCUCCCCAGGAUUCUAAAGACCCACACUCAAUGUGGGUAAUCAGGCCAAAGUCUGGGGCCUUCAGAGAGCCUUUUGCGAUGAGUUCACUGAGGUUGUUGCCAAGGGAGCCACCAGUCAGUCCAGGGUAACUGAAGGGAUGUGCUUGGAUAGUAUCACCACUGCACAUAAUAAGGGAGACUACUGGAUGGUCAUGGCUAGUUCAAAUAUGGCAGAACAUCCCUGCUGAGGGCCCAGCAAACCUUCCUCUGACCCACUGUCCAGCGCCCUGCACUUGAACUUAUAAAAAUGUCGUCAGCUCCCAUGUGUGAGAAACACCAUGAUUUGCACCGUGCAUGGGUCUCAUUCUUAUGCCAAUGUGUCACCCUGUGUUUAUCUCCUGAGCAUUUUUCCUUGGUAUACUGUCCGGUAGUAAUAGAAUAUAAGACAUCAUGGGGCCAUCUUUGUUAUGUUACUUCCAAAAUGUGGGAUCCAGCUGCUGUCAAUGUAUUAUUUGUAUUGUGCUAAUCUCUCCUCUUCAUUCUGUCACAGAGAAGAGCUGAUACAUAUCAUGGACUCACAAUCAGACCAUAGUAAUUGAGGGGUGGGUGGGAGACCUUUCUGGGAGGGACUGAAGAGCAAGAAUCCUUGUCCUCCUCACCCCCACCAGAAUUCAAAGACACACUGGAAUGUCCUUUCUCUUGGAAGAACUAGGAGGACUCCUAGGAAAAGGGGACUCAGGAGCUGACCUCAUUGACCUGGUUUUCGAGAAGAGUCCUGUAAGUGGAAGGGUUCAUUCCUGAGGUUUCUGUUCUCCAACCCAGGAUCCUGGAAAGAACUUCCAUUCAUAAAUAAAGUAUGUGUU